UAGAAUCCAUAAUCUCUCACAAUGGUGUGUGAUUUGCUUGGAGGUCUUUUGCUUAUUGUUGUUCUGCUGCAAAGCGCCGUCGGACUACAACCCAAAGAAGUUUGUCUGUUGCAAAUUGAAGAAGGAACGUGCAAUGACGACAUCCAGCGCUAUUACUACAAUACAAUCACCCAACAGUGUGAAGAAUUCAGCUAUAGCGGUUGUGGAGGAAACGCAAACAACUUCAAGUCAUUUUUGGAAUGUCAUAAAACUUGCUUCAGGAUUCCAAAAAUCCCCCAGAUCUGCCGUUUUCAAAAGAAAGAGGGGCCCUGCCGAGGCCUCUUCAAGCGUUACUUCUUCAAUAUGACCUCCAUGCAGUGCGAAUCCUUCACUUAUGGUGGUUGCCAAGGCAAUGAAAACAUGUUUGAAAACCUUCAGGGAUGUCUGGAAUAUUGCAAACCUCCUAAAACGAUCCCUGUGAUUUGCCAUGAUAUUUUGGAUAAAGGAAAGUGCUUAGCUUCCAUACCAAGGUAUUACUACAGCUCUGCUACAAAAACAUGCGAGGAGUUCAUAUACACAGGAUGCGGAGGAAGCAACAAUAACUUCAUCUCCAAACAAAGCUGCAUGGAUGUUUGUGGUAAAAACGGGAGCAAACAUUGGAGUACCUCAAAGAAGUCAAUAAGAGUUUCUAAACAGUACCUAAGACGAGUAAAGGCACAGCCACCAAGGGAGAAGUCGACCAAAUAAUUGUUCAUUAAGUCAUUCUCACUAUUUUACUGACAAAGAUGAUUGCACUGAUUUUACAGUAUUGGAUGCACAGCUCACUCUGUGUACAUAUGAUAUUGAUUGUUUUUAAAAUGAAGGUUUGUUUAAUAUUCUCAUGUAUUUUGUAUGCCUAUGUAUAUUUUUAUUUUCAAUAAGAAUUUAACUUUUUUUAUUUUAUUAUUUGUAUUAUUAAAUACAAUAAUAAGUCUAACACUGUUUAAAAGCAUAAAACUGUUGAUAAAGCAUAAUGUUUAACUGACAAUGAUUACUUAGCAACAUUAUUUAAUAUGCUGAAGUUUUAUCAAGCAUCAUCUAAGUCUAGGCGAAGUAACAUGACAGUCAUUUCAGAAAGCUAUAGUGACACCUAAACAAGAGCAAGCAUGAAAAACAAAAAUAGUCUGUUGGGUUAAAAAUAGCAGGUUGUUCUUUGUGCAAAAUUUCGAGAAAUGCCAAAUUGUUUAAAUUACACGUGUUUGACCUGGGUGUUUUAUAUUAAUUUAUAUAUAAUGUAUACCUACAUUUUAUACUAAAUUGAAUUCAAUCAUGUUGUGUCUCAUGCCUUUGUAACGGCACUUUAUAUCAAUCCCGAAUAAAGUCUUUCAUCUGCA